UUGGCACAUGAAAGAAUGACAGAAUGAACAUCUGAGGGGAUUAGGAGCUCGGAGGACUUUAAAAGGGGGACAGUUAGACACAGAGAGGAAACUCACAAGAGAGAAACAAGCAAGACUCAACAGACAAGCAUCGGACUUCGAGACUUCAACAGAAGUAACUAAUUGAAAUGGCAGACGUAGCCGUUGCAACUCCCGCCGACAAGAAGGCACCUCCCAAAUUCAAGCAGAGGGCUGCUCGUACCUUCAAGAGCAAGGCCCCCAAACCAGGCCAGAAGGGAUUCGGAGAAGACAUCCCCGGCAUGGAGGGUCUUGGCACAGACAUCACUGUGGUUUGCCCAUGGGAAGCCUUCGGGGACAUGGAGCUCAGCGACCUGGCGAAAUAUGGAAUUCUUUAGGCCUCUUUCCCUCUGCUAUUACCCUCUAUCCUCCCUCAUGUAUUCCAACUAUUGAGUAAACAGCUGAAAUUGUUGUACUUGUAUGCUCUAGAGGAGGCAGCUUCUGAUGACUUAGAGGUUUGAUCUGGAAGAAAUAAAUCCAGUUCUCUCUCUUU